AUGCUUCGCCUUCUGAUCGUAGCGACAACCGGAGUUUUGCUGGGACUCUAUUUUCUUGGUAGCCGGGCGGACUGCAAUGUGUGUGCUUCCGUGACCCAGGUGGCCUGCAUUUCAAAUACUUCCUUCCAAUUCUGCACCAGCGGAUUGCCCUUUGGCCCAGCUUACACAUGUCCCACGGGAUAUUAUUGCACGGCGAAUGAUGUUACUUGCAAUACAAAUGCUGCUUUCAGAUCCUGUAUAGGUUGUGGUUCCUGCAACAGUAAUAACACCUUCGCCUGCCUCACGGCAAGGACAUUUGCCUUGUGCCUGGGCACAGCCACGCCUUCCCAGAUCGUAGGAAGUUGUGGCUUGGGUUACGUUUGCGAUUAUAACAAUCCGAAUAUUUGUGGUACUCCUGCGACGGGAUCCCAGGCCACUUGUCCGGGUGAUGGAACUACCACUGGAGUGGACCCCACAGGGAUAACACCCACUGCCUACUGUUCCAUCGUCCAGCAGCACGGAAGAUUUCCCUAUGGCAUCGAUCUCAACACCACCUGCAGGCAAUACAUUUAUUGUUUUCUGAAUGCAACUGCUUGGGGGGGAGGUCUCUACACCUGUCCCGGGCAAACUUAUUUCAACAGCACAUCGAGGUACUGUGACACCCAAGUGCCGGCCAGAUGCACUUAUGGAGUAGCCAGUUUGAGGCUCAGCAGUCCAUAG